GUUUUUGAGAGGCAGAAUCGAAACUAAUUUUACUCGCAUUUUUUUGUAUUGUUUUUCUUUCACUGAAGCUUACUAAUAUGACCAGACUGCUCCUCUCAUACUACUACCGGUUAUGAAUCCCAACGUGGAGCCACCACUUUCCGGGCUACCACCGCCUCCACAACCGCCUCAUCCCCACCGUCUUUCCACCUCCUGUGACCGCCACCCUCAAGAGCACUUCACUGGCUUUUGUCCCUCAUGCCUAUGUGAACGUCUCGCUGUUCUCGAGCCUUCAUCUUCUGCUGCCGCUUCUUCUCGGAAACCUCCCGUCGCCGCCACCGCUGCACUUAAAGCCAUCUUCAAGCCUUCCGGAGGAGGUGGUACGCGACCCGGGUUUUUCCCCGAGCUCCGGCGGACGAAGUCGUUCUCGGCUUCGAAAAACGAGGGCUUCUCCGGGGUUUUCGAGCCUCAGAGGAAAUCUUGCGACGUUAGGGUUCGAAACACGCUUUGGUCACUCUUUCAUCAAGAAGCAACCGCAAACGGAAGGCCUUCCGGGGUUGCUGAAGCGGAACCUCGAAAUUCGGCUUCUUAUUCGAGUGUUGUUCAAGACCCUGUUUUUGAAAUCAAAGAAGAAGAAGACCAGAGUAAGAGUGAAACCGAUCGCGAAGAUGAGGACAUUGAGAUCAUAGAAGAAAAACCACCACCCAAUGUGACUGCUCUUACUGCGAAUUUAAUAGAAGAGAAAGUUGAAGAAAUCGUGGAAGAGUACGAAGAGGAACUGUGUCAAGAAGAGGAGCUGAAGCCCAUGAAGGACCAUAUAGAUCUUGAUUCACAAACGAAGAAAACUUCCGGCCGAGAUUUCAAAGAGAUUGCUGGGAGUUUCUGGUCAGCCGCUUCAGUUUUCAGCAAGAAAUUACAAAAUUGGAGGCAGAAACAGAAGCUUAAAAAGAGUAGAACUGGAUGUGGGUCAGCGAGAUUACCAGUUGAGAAGCCCUUAGGAAGACAAUACAGAGAAACCCAGUCGGAAAUCGCCGAUUACGGGUUCGGGAGACGGUCAUGUGACACGGAUCCAAGGUUUUCCCUUGAUGCAGCUAGGAUGUCAUUUGAUGAUCCGAGGUAUUCUUUCGAUGAACCCAGAGCUUCCUGGGAUGGAUAUAUGCCUGGGAGAAUGUUUCCAAGGAUGCCCACAAUGGUUUCCCUUGUGGAAGAUGCUCCUGUUCCUCAUGUUAUCAGGUCCGAUACUCAGAUUCCCGUUGAGGAUGAUCCCACUGCUAUGAAUUCCAUCAAUCAGGACGAAACGCUCCCCGGUGGGUCGGCUCAGACGAGGGACUAUUAUUCUGAUUCUCGGAGAAGAAAGAGUCUUGAUAGGUCCAGUUCUUGUAGGAAGGCUGCUGCUGCUGUAGUAGCAGAGAUGGAUGAAAUGAAGCCUAUUUCGAACACAAAGGUUUCACCUGCAACUGCUGAUUACUUCCAUGGACCUAAACUCGUUGUGCCAGAUAGGGAUUUGAACUCAAAUUCUCUGAGAGAUGAUUAUUCAGACACGUUCGAGAUUGGUUUAAGAGACAAUGCAUCUGCGAUUGGUAAUGUGGAACAAAAAGAGUUGGCAAAGAAGUCGCGGAGGUGGUGUAAAGCUUGGAACAUUUGGGGGUUCAUUCACAGGAGGAGUGUUAACAAAGAUGAGGAUGAAGAUAGGUAUAGUAGAUGUAAUGGUGUGGAGAGGUCGUAUUCGGAAUCUUGGCCUGAGUUUAGAGGGGAGAGGAAUGGAGAUGUGAGAGGAGGGUUCAAUCCAAAGGUGUUAAGGAGCAACAGCAGCGUAAGCUGGAGGAAUUCGAGCGGUUUCAGUGCAGGAUCGUUUAGCAAUGCUAGGAAGAGCUGUGAUGUCGAGUCAAAUGGACAUAGCAAGAAGAAAACAGACGAGUUUGUAUGGGAAAGGAACAAGAGUUCAAGAUAUUCAGCAACUAACUUUGACAAUGGACUGUUAAGGUUCUACAUGGCACCGAACGGCAGCCGGAGAGGUGGGUCGGGUAAAACCAGGGCAAACCAUGCGCAUUCUAUUGCCAGGACCUUACUAAGGUUGUACUGAAUUCGAGAUCCAUAUGUUGUUAUCUUUGGUUUAAUGUCGUUAAUUCUGCUGCACUUGCUAUGUAACCACACAUGCCUUUGUAAUUUGCUGGUUGGUUUAGAUGAAACAAAAGCAUUCUUAAAUUGUUGCCUUUCUUCCGAGUGGCAUGCUUCAAGUAUUCGAAUAACAACAUUUUC